AUUGCUCACGGAACGCUGCUCAAGCUAGCUUGCUACCACAAAUAUGGUGUCCAUUUCAAUCUGAUAUCAACACAACGUUCUAAAAUAAGGCUACACUUAUUGAGAUAUCCCCGUUGUUACCCUUAUUCAACAGAUCCGGCCGGCCAGGCCAUGGACCCAAAAAUACCAUACGAUGACUACCAACUACCGGUGGUUUUUCUCCCUUCGUAUGAGAACCCACCGGCAUGGAUCCCUUCACAAGAGCGCGUCCAUCACCCAGACUAUAACAACGAACUUACCCAGUUUCUUCCUCGCACCAUCGUCUUGAAAAAACCUCCUGGAGCGCAGCUUGGCUUUAAUAUUCGUGGAGGCAAAGCUUCACAACUUGGCAUUUUCAUUUCUAAGGUGGUUCCAGAUUCUGAUGCACACCGUGCAGGACUUCAGGAGGGAGACCAGGUGCUGUCUGUAAAUGAUGUCGACUUCCAGGACAUCGAGCACUCCAAGGCUGUUGAGAUUCUGAAGACAGCACGAGAGAUUCUGAUGAGGGUACGCUUCUUUCCCUACAACUACCAGAGACAGAAGGAGAGAACUGUCCACUAGGUGGCAGAAGAGUGCUGCACAUGUAAAUGCCGCAGUCAGAUAGGUGGAGACUUUACGGAGAGCAUCACGUCAUUCUCUCCCUCCCACGGACUACAGACUCUAUCCCCACCUAUGGCUGACUGGAUUUAAACAGAUGAAUCCCCCAGGAUGAGUUCCCAUACGUCAACACACACUCAUAACAUCUAACAAGUCGCCCCCGUCCUCCCCAAGACAGAGAGCCGCACUCCGUUUGAUGAGGUUUCUCAUUGCUCAGAGGUGGCUAUAUGUGUCCAAUCGAACUCUGGUGUCUAAGAUGUGAGGUUAUGGUAUAUUGUAAAAUACAAUUAUAACUUCUAUGUAUGAAUCAUGCUUCACCAGUGAUGGCUCUGUAGUUAUUGAUGUGUAAAAAGCAGAAAUUUUUAAUAACAGAUAAAUAGUAGUGCAUGCAUUGAACUAAUGAAUUUAACCUAUUUUUGAAAGUGCUUUUAAUGUGACUAACCUUUGUAUUGGUGUCCUGCUAAACAUUUGGAUAAUGUUAGAAAUGGUUUAGUUGUAGAGUAACACACUUUAAAACUAACAAAUAUAAAAUGCACGAUAAAUGUGUAAAAGAUAUAUAUUAGCAGAAAAUGUAACAACUCAUCUUGUAAUAUAUCAUCUUUCACAUUACGGUUACAAACAAGAUCAUACAGCAUUGUGGCCUUUUGUAAUGCCUUUAUCUGAGCAUAGAAUGAGCAGAAUGAGAAUUUUGAACACUGGCAGAGAUUUAUACCAGAAUUAAUUUUGCUUGUAGUGAAGAUUUUAAGUAUGACAACCUUAUUUGUCAUAAAUCAUGCAUAUAGGAAUAUGCAUAUAGGCAACAAUUAUUAAAUAAUUUCUAGUUACUGUGUUGCGUUAUCAUUCUUUUUUUAAAGUGGCAUUAUGUAGAAAUUGUACUUCAGGGUUAGGGUUAGGAUUAGCAGUUUUACCUUAAAAUAACAGCU